AGGAGCUUCAGCACCGACUGUGUCAGCUCUGUACACAACCGAGAUCCGGGAGCAGCUCCAGCCCGUGAAACAGCGAAUACCGAAACGGGAAACAAGUAGCCUGUCGAGGAAGGAAAGCUCCUCGGCUGCUGCUUGCUGCUGCUGCUGGAGCAGGAAGGUGCACUUUGCUUUGUUAGCUGUACUUUUACAAGCUUCUUAACUCAGCAUCUCACCGCCGGACAGAAGAUAUCACAGUAUCAUUCCUAGAGGUGAAAGGAACCGAGUUGGACAUUUGCAUUGUUUUGUGAAAAGAUGGCAUCAAAUGACUCACGGCUCCAGCAACAGCCGUCCCAAAAGGACGCCGCCGACCAGAACUUUGACUACAUGUUCAAGCUGCUGAUCAUUGGCAACAGCAGCGUGGGCAAAACCUCCUUCCUUUUCCGCUACGCCGACGACUCCUUCACCUCGGCGUUCGUCAGCACCGUGGGCAUCGACUUCAAGGUCAAGACAGUCUUCCGCAACGACAAGAGGAUCAAACUGCAGAUCUGGGACACAGCAGGGCAAGAGCGCUACCGCACCAUCACCACAGCCUACUACAGAGGAGCCAUGGGCUUCCUGCUCAUGUAUGACAUCACCAACCAGGACUCAUUCAACGCAGUUCAGGACUGGGCGACACAGAUCAAGACAUACUCGUGGGACAACGCUCAGGUGAUCCUAGUGGGCAACAAGUGUGACCUGGAGGACGACAGGAUCGUACCCACAGAGGAUGGUCAGCGUCUGGCAGAGGAUCUAGGUUUCCAGUUCUUCGAGGCCAGCGCCAAGGACAACAUCAACGUCAAGCAGGUGUUCGAGCGUCUAGUGGACGUUAUCUGCGAGAAGAUGAACGAGAGCAUGGAGGGAGAAACCAAUCUUGUUUCCAACCACAGGAACCAGGGCCUUAAAGACUUGCCUUCAGAGAACCACGGGGGCUGUGCUUGUUAA